AGCGUGAUGCGUCACAAUGCUUUGUCCUUCCAAUCGGAAGCACCGCUCUGGGGCGGGGGGUGGGACAAGGUCGCCGUGGUGUUGUUACCGGAAGUGGCCGUUGUAAAUUUCUUCUUGAGCUGAGGGAGGGGCGGCGUGGGUUUUUGGGUCACCUCUGGGUCCUAACGCCUAGCCUGUCCACCGUCCAUCCCCACCUAGCCCAGACUCCACUAUUACUGCCUGCCGGCCUGCUGCCGCCAGCCACCGCUCCCCGCCAGGGCUGCCCCGCAGAGUGCUUGCUGAUCAGGCUAGCUGAGGCUCAGAAAAUGACAAGGCAGAGCUGACCUACAGGUUUUAAUAUAUCCAUAUGAUGCAAAGAGAAGAGUAAUCUUUGAAGUGUCAGUUUCUGUAAAAGAAUAUAAUUGAAGAUUGUGUUCGUUAUACAGACACUAUAGAUUAAAAAGUUGGAGAUUCGUCAUCAUGAAUUCUACCCCUCCAAUCAGUUACACUAUUCCUGAAAUCAAACGCCUACACUGUAUCCAGAGUGAGUUGAGGCUACUGCAAAAUAGUAGUCAGUCAGAGCUGGAUGUUACUGAAGAUCUGAGAAGGAAACUUCAUCAAGCCAAAAAAGAAAAACUGGAUAUAACGACUAAACAUAACCAAGAUCUGUCCAACUAUGAAAGCCAGAUUGCCAGGUUGCGAUCUGAAGUUGAGAAAGGAGAGGCCAUUCGACAAAGUCUGGAGUAUGAACUGGUCAUUGCCAGAAAAGAUGCUGGUCUUGAAAGAUACUCUGCAGAGGAAAAGUUAUGUGAAGCUAGCAAUCGAUUUCAGCAGCUGCAAGCCAUGAAUGCAGAGCUUCAACAGAAAUUGGCUGAGACCGAGAAAGUGUUUCAUAUUUCUCAGCAGAAUUGGAAGGAACAGCAGCAAAGACUUACAAAUGACUUAGAGGAGAAAGAUAACAUCCUUAAGACCUGUAAUAGUGAAUAUGAGUUACUUCUGAAGGAGAGGACUAAACUGGAAAACGUUAUACAGGAGACUCUGGAGCAUCACAAGGAGCAGAGGAAUAUGAUGGAAUUGCAAAUCAGAGAGACAGCAUUAAAGGAGUUCAGGUUUCAGUUAGAGCAGUGUGAAGCAGAAAGAAGAGAGUUCCAGUUUAUGUUGCAGGAGCGGAACAAUGCACUGCAAAAUAUGCAUAAGAAAAUACAAGAUCUGGAACUGGAACAUAAUGACUGCACUGACAUUCUCCGGCGACAGGCCAGUGAACUUGAAUACAGUACUGAACGAGAGGAGAGACUUAAAAAAGAUCUUGAGGCAGCUACUGUGAGAGUGAAGAAAUUGGAAGAAAAUAUUGAGGCAGAGAGAGCAGCACAUCUGGAAUCCAAAUUUAAUUCUGAAAUUAUCCAGUUAAGGAUUCGAGACCUUGAAGGAGCUUUGCAGGUAGAAAAAGCCAGCCAAGCAGAAGCUCUUUCUGAUUUGGAAAUGAUCAAGAAAGAGUUCAAAGAGGUGGAAAACGCAUAUGAGAGAGAGAAACGUAAUGCCCAAGAGAGCUUGGAAAAACUCAAUAUAUUCGAAAAAGAGUAUUUUUCUACAAACAAGCAACUAAAUGAAGAGAUUGAGGAAAAGAAGAAAGUAAUUACACAUCUCUCUGAGAGACUCCAGGAUAAUGAAAAAAGUUGCAAAGAAUUACAGGAGGAACUUGCAAAGGCCAAGAAACGCCAGGCCUUCCUAACAGAGAUGUGUGAAAACAAUGUGAGAGAACUGGAGUUACUCUUGGACAGCUUUACUAUGUCAAGCCAGCGGACAGCAGGCAGUCGCAAGGACAAAGAUAAACCUCCAAGCCUCUCUGUUGUCCUUGAGACUUUGAGGAAUACCUUGACAGAUUACCAGAACAAGCUGGAAGAUACAUCUAAUGAGCUAAAGAAAAUGAAAGCUUCAUGUGAGAAGAUGACAAAAGAGAUUGACUCAUCCAAACAAAAAAUAUGGUCUCAAAGUCAAGACCUUAAGGAAGCUCAGGAUAAUCUGGCUGAUGCCAAUGAAGAGUUAAAUCAUCUACGCACUAAGUGUGCAGACAGAGAGGCUUUAAUAGGCACUUUAAAAAUGGAACUGCAGAAUGUACUUCACUGCUGGGAGAAAGAGAAAGUCCGUGCCACAGAAUCAGAAAAUGAAAUCCAGAAGCUUACCAGGGCUUACCAGAAGGAUACUGAGGAGAAGCUAACCUUCCUCCAUACUUUAUAUCAGCAUUUGGUAGCAGGCUGUGUGCUUAUAAAACAACCAGAAGGCAUCCUGGAUAAAUUCUCCUGGCCUGAGCUUUGUGCAAUCUUGCAGGAGAAUGUUGAUGCCCUGAUCUUAGACCUCAGCAGGGCUAAUGAGAAGAUAUCUCAUCUAGAAUAUAUUUGCAAGAACAAGUCUGAUACCAUGAGGGAACUUCAACAGACCCAGGAAGACACUUUUAACAAAGUGGCUGAGCAGAUGAAAGCACAGGAAAGCUGUUGGCAGAAACAGAAAAAGGAGUUGGAGCAGCAGUACUCUGGACUCCUUGGGGAAGUUCAUGCAAGGGCACAGAAAUAUCAAGAAAUUGCAGAAAAAGCCAAGGAAAGAUGUUCUGUCAUUGAAAAAGGACGAGAGCAGUUGGUCCAUGAAAAUUCACAAUUGAAAAGUAUAUUAAUGCAGACACAAAAGGAACAUACAUCUCUGCUGGCUGCCUGUGCACUAAUGGGUGGUGCCUUAUAUCCUCUAUACAGCCGAUUAUGUGCCUUGUCUACACAAAGAGACUUUCUCCAGGAUCAGGUCCAUACCUAUGAAGUACUCAAACAGGAAAUUAGGACUCUGGUCUGUGCUUUGUCUGAUGUAGAGGAAAAGAGGCAAGAUGAAGUGAAGAUAAAGAAAAAGCGUUUCAAAGGCAUGAUACAUGUAUUCCGGAAAGGUGUUAUUGCAGUUCUGGCAGCACACAGACUUCAAAUUUUGGGACAGUCAAGUAGCUCUCUUUUCUCCUGGGUAGAUGGUUUCAAAGAAGGCAUAGGAAUCCUAGUUUGCAUAGGAGAGGCCAAGGGGAAACACAAUCUGUCAAAACACCAAAAGGAACAAAUCCAUUGUCUUCAAGCACUCAACUGGUUUACUAGUUCUGACCUUCUUGCUGCAAUAAUCAGUUCGGUGGCUGAAUUACAGGAAGUUGUUAGCAAAACAGAUCCAAAUUCCUGGCUUUGUGGACACUUACUCAUAAGUGCAGCCAGGAAUUCUUUUUCAAAACUCAUGGACAAACUUAAUGUGCUAAUGGAGACUAUAGCAGUGGAUAGCAGCAGGACCAUCACAUAUGUAGAGAAGGACUCCUUGGUUCAAAGACUGGCUCGUGGACUUCAUAAAAUAAAUGCACAGGCACUAAAAGCUGGACUAGGUGAUAGAAUACCCAUUACAAAAAGCAUAGCAUCCUUGCAGAAGCAAAUAUUUGAAUUUACACAAAGGCUGCAUACAGCAGAAGUGGAACGCCGUUCACUACGCUUAGAACUCACAGAAUUCAAACGGAAUUUGAAUGAGAUGAAAAAAGAGGCUGACAAAGCCCAGAGCCUGCAAGAGCAAUUAAAUGCAUUUAAGCAAUCUAAAUUGAUCACCCAUGAGAGGUUUGAAAGUGCAUGUGAAGAACUGAAUAAUGCAUUACAUCGAGAGCAGCAGGCACAAAUGCUUCUGAAUGAGCAGGCACAACAGCUACAGGAGUUAAAUUAUAAACUGGAAUUGCACUCAAGUGAAGAAGCGGACAAAAACCAAACCCUAAGUGAAGCUGUAAAGAGUCUCUCCGAGGCAAAGAUGGAGCUGAGAAGAAAAGAUCAAUCUCUGCGUCAGCUCAAUAGACAUCUUACCCAGCUGGAGCAGGACAAGCGUCGACUGGAAGAGAGCAUCCACGAUGCAGAGAGUGCCCUCCGCAUGGCAGCAAAAGAUAAAGAAUUAAUUGCCAGUCAUAUGAAAUCUGUGGAAGCCACCCUACAGAAGGUCAGAGAUCAGAUCUCGCUGUCACGGACUGCGGCAACCAGGAAUGACUUCACCCUGCAGCUACCCAAACUGCACCUGGAGACCUUUGCAAUGGAAGGGCUGAAGGGCGGGCCAGAGGUUGUAGCAUUUCAGGCUCUGAUUAUAAGUUUUAUGGAUGUCUACCAACUCGCAAGCUCCAGAGUUGCUACACUAGAGAGAGAAAUAGCAUCUCAUCGACAUCACAUUGCAGCUCUGAAAUCAGAACUCCAAACGGCUUGUCUUCGUGAAAAUGAAAGCUUACAAUCAGAAUCACGAGACAGUUCAAACGUCCCCCUGGCUUCAAGAUCAGCACUUCAGCCUGACCAGAGCUGUAUCCCAGAUUUUUUGCCGUUGCAAGCCGAGGCAGAUACAUCUUACAGUUUUAUACACAAUAGACCCCAUUCUCAGUCUUCAUCCUAUUCCUCUGCCCUCAACAUCUCAGCCAGCACCAAAAGAACAAUACAAAAUGGCUUUUAAGACUUUGUAUGAAUUUUAUGAGGAAAAAACUAUACAUUUUAAAUGAUGCAAUUAAAAUGAUAUUUUAUUGGACUAUCUUACCUUUGAAUUGUGAUUUAACAUGUAUUUUUUGGCACUAAUUUUUACAUUUGUUUGAAAAUGGUGAGUGUCUGUUCAUACAUCCAUGUUUCUAUACUUCUCCCUCCCGGUGUAGUGAAACAGUCCAGUUUUUAGUUUUAUUUAUCACAUUGCUCAUUUUUAUGUAAUAUAUUUUUAAAUGUUAAAGAAUGACACAUUUUGGGUAAUUUUCUUCAGACUUAAAAAAAAUCAAUAAGCCAUUUUAGUCUCUAUCUAUCAAAGUUGUUUCAUACUUGUCUAUUUUAAAUCAGGACUGCAAUACUUUAAUAGGAUUGAGAGAGCUAUUUGAAAUGUAUGCCAAUGAUUCCUGUCAUUUCAUGGCAGCCCUGCCAUGGUUCACUGAGCCCCCUCUUCUCUCUUGUCAGCUCAACUGAAGACAAGCAUUUAGUUGCAAACUUUAAGCAGGUUGUGCAAAACAGAAAUGAUGUGACUGCUUCUCCUCCUGCACAAUAAUGUCACUCCUGGUCAAUGUGAGAAGGUCAGGUUGCUCCUACAUGAUACCACUUGCCCAUUUGAACAAGUUAAGUUAACUGCUGAAUCUGGUCCCUGCAGGCGUUGAAAACUCAUCCUUUUAUCAAGUCUGCAUUUGAUGAGAAAGUAGAACAAUUGUGCAGGGAGGAUUUCUGAUGACAUGUUUAUGUACUUUAUAAGGACAGUUCCCAUACCAGUGUUACAGGUAAUAUAUUUAGUUUAAGCUGAAAUACUUUAAAGUAAUGGCAGUUUUGACCUUCAAAAUAGACUCCUUUUUUGUUGUUGUUGGUAGGACCCAAGAGUGACGCCCAUCUUUGAUGCUGACAGAAUUUAAAGCAAAGCCAUUGCCCUGCAUUUUCUGCCUUGUAGCACACAAAAGUAAAAUUGUAUGUCAGGCCGAGAUGUCGGGGAGCUGACAAGAUGCCCCAGUGACAUUUCAGCUGGAAAGAGCAAGUGUCUUGCAACCAAGUGGUCAAAUAUCAAAUAAUAGGUCAAGCAGGAAGGAGCUGAGUUCUAACCACAAAGAGGUUUCUGGUAACUUACUUGACAAGCUUUUGGGUGCUUUGUGGCUUGACAAAGUGAUGUUCUGUUGGGUAUCGCUAGACAGACUGUUCUUUAUCGCCUUCAGAAGAUCAGACAUUGACAUUGAUUAAACUCUUUAACCCUUAAAGGUUACAUUCUAGCAUCUUGCAUCAUUGUGAGUGAAGAACAAAAGAAAAUUUAUAAUAUACCAUUUGUUUUUGUAUUAAUCACUGAACCCCCUAGUGCUAUUAGCGUUUGAUGUGCUAUGUAGUUUUUGACAAAGAUUGAAUGCAAAAUCUAUAUAUUAGAUUGUUUCUCAUUGUGGACCAGUGAUACAUUAUAAAAAUAACAUUAUGGAAUUUGUCAUUUCUUGUGCUAUGUUAAAAGUAACAUUUGAUUCUAAGAAUUCUGACUACUGAAAUGUUCUUUAUUAUUUUGCUUGGAAGAUAUUUGCAUACAUAAUACAUACAUUAUAAGAAAAAUCAUGCAAAUUCCCAUUUUCCCUUCUACCAAGGAUUCUACUAUCAAUAUUAGGUUAUAGAACUUUGAAACCAACUAGCAAGUUUUCAAGUAUUUUUGAUUUUCAGGUCCCUUAUUUAUAUGUGCCUCUGCAGGCAUUUUGGUGUAGAUCCACACAAACAUAAUAUUUGAGCUGUUUUUAUUUUCAAAAGUACUGAUACAAAAAGUAAAAAUACUCUUUUCUUUAUGAUGUUUGGUUUAAAUCGCUUAAGACAGACUUUUCUAUUUACUUCCUAAGACUCAGCUUCCCUCCUUCCUAACAAUGAGUAUUCCUAGCAAAAGUAUUGAAAAUGCCAUACAUUUUUCUCACAUACGUAAUGUCAAAGGUCUUUUAUGCUUGCAUGUAGAGUAUAUGGACAUAAUACAUUUCACUGAGCAUUUGUUAUAUCUAUUGUGUAUGUGGUUUAUAUGUGUAUACUUACUUUCAAAAAUAGUACCAUUUGAGAGGUGUCAGUCUGAGAUAUACUGUGCAUACUCUUUGGUACACAAACUCAUUAAUGGCUCAAUAAUCAAUAAUCUGGAUCAUCAACAGUAAAAUGCUGCUGCAUUGCUCUUCAGGUUUAUAUAAAACUUUCAUGGCCAAGUGAAAAAUUCUAAAGGAGCAGAGAAGAUCCUGCUUGGGCAGAUCUCACCUAAGAGGGUUUCAGAAAGAGAAGUUGCCUCCAUGGCAUUCCCUUCUUCCCCUUUUUGGGAACACUCUGGAGCCCACUGUGUUGGGAUUCCAUGCAUUAGGAGGCAGGGAAGGGGUGGGGGGGAAAUUGCUCAAGCAUGUCCGUCCAUAGCCAAUAUCCUAGGUCUAUCUCAAGCUGAUUAUAGGCAGAAUAUAGGACAGAAAUGGCCCGGGAUAGUGGUGCUCGUUUGCCACCACAACUUUAAUCUAAAAGCUUCAUUCCUACUAUUUGAUUCACUAUUUACAUGAAACUGCUAGGAGAGAUUAUGAGCCUGUGUGGUCUCAAAUGCUAGCAAUAUGUAGAUGACACCCCUCCCUGUUUGUUGUUCGCAUCAUAUGCGAACACCAACACCGCCCAUUUAUCCUGACAUCUGGGUGAGGAGGCUGAAGCAAGAAUGAGGUUAUGCUGGUAGGCACAGGGAAACAUUUUAAAGUGCUUCUCAUCACUGUUCAUAUUUCUUCCAGUUGAGGAUGCUUGUUCCCAAAUCAUUGAAGUAGGAUGUAGCAUCGGAGUUUUUCUGUAUUUCUCGCUGAUGCUAGACUUCACAUAACACUGGCUG